GUUAAAUUUCAAAUUAUAUUUUUUGCAAUAUUAAUUAAUAAAAUUAAAAAAUACAACUGUUAUAAUUAAAAUAAUUUUAUGAAUUUUUAAUUUAAAUUGUGUAUUUAUUAAUUAUAACAAAAUUAAAAGUGUUCAUUUUCAAUAAAAUUUAUAAAUACUUAAAAAUAAGUUUUUCUUAAAAUAAAAGAAAUUUUUAAUAUAGAGAACAAAAUAUAUAUAGAAAAUGAAAGAUUUUAAAAAAUUUUUUGCACAACAAUAUAGUGCUGUUAAUACAAAAGAUGAAUUAAAUGGUCCAGAAUUAAAUAAAGUAUAUAGAAUGAAUUUAAAAUCAAAUAAAAAAUAUAAAAAUAGUAUUAAUGUUGUUGAUUCAUUUUUUAAUAAAAGAAAACCAGGAAAAACAACUAGAUCGCCAAAAUGUGGAUUUUUGUUAUUAGCUGGUGGUCUGAUAGCUAUUGUGACUGGUAUUUUAGUUGGUAUAUAUCACCCAUAUGAUGUAAUUUUCAAAUGGAAAUUAAAAUUUGGUGAAGGAGGUGAAAUAUUUACAUUAUGGGAGAAACCUCCAGUUGAUCUAUAUAUUAAGAUUUAUUUAUUUAACAUUACAAAUCCAAAUGAAUAUUUAGCUGGAAAAGAAAAAAUAAAAGUUGAAGAAGUUGGGCCAUAUGUAUAUAAGGAAUAUAUGUCACAUGAUGAAAUUGUUUUUAAUGAUAAUGGAACUGUUUCAACUAUACCAAGACAUCCAUUAGUUUGGCAAGAACAUUUAUCACAAGGAAAUCAUGAAAAUGAUACAGUUCAAAUGUUAAACAUUGCAUUAUUGAGUAUUGCACAAGUUGGUGCAGAUAAAUCAUACCUUUUUCGAUUACCAAUAAAUUUACUAAUACGUCAAACAAAUAGUCAACCGAUUGUCAAAAUGACAGCUAGAGAAUUUAUGUUUGGUUUUGAAACAUCAUUAACAACAAUUGGAAACACUUUUCUAUCAGAUUGGAUAUAUUUUGAUAAAGUUGGUUUAAUUGAUCGGAUGUAUGACUUUAGUGAAGAUUUUGAAACAUUUUAUACAGGUGAAACAGAUUCUAGCCUAUCUGGUUUAUAUGACACAUAUAUGGGAUCAAAAAAUUUACCACAAUGGGACGGCGAACACUGUAGUAAUAUUGAAAAAGCUUCAGAUGGUGCAAAAUUUAAAAGUUUUUUGCAAGCAAAUGACACAGUAAAGUUCUUUAGGAAAAGCAUGUGUAGAUCACAAUAUUUGGUUCGUGAUCCAAAUGAAAUUGAAGUUAAUGGUUUCAGAGCUUAUAAAUAUUCAUUUGAAGAAAAUGCUAUGGAUAAUGGUGAAGUUGAUGAAAGAAAUAAAUGUUUCUGCAAAAAAGGUUACUGUCCACCUAAAGGAUUAUUAGAUGUCUCUUCAUGUUAUUAUGGUUUUCCAAUUGCAUUAAGCUACCCUCAUUUUUUGGAUUCUGACACAAAAUUAAUAGAUAAUGUUGAUGGAAUGGAACCAGAUGCCUCUAAACAUAGUUCCUAUUUUGUAAUACAACCGGAAUCAGGACUUCCACUUAAAAUAUCAGCCAAAUUUCAAAUUAAUAUGCAUUUUCGUGAUAUUCGCUCAAUGGCACGUGUUGGACGUUUUAGUCAUCAAACUAUUCCAAUGCUAUGGUUUGAUAUUUCCUUGAAUGAAUUACCGGAACCAUUAAGGAAUCGAUUUAAUUUAUAUUUAAAUAUUUUACCUCACAUUGAUACACUAGGUUUAUGGAUACCAAUAGUUGGUGGAAUUAUUUGUGUUCUUUGCACAAUUGUUCAGGCAACACUAAAUUUGCCACAAUUUGUUUCAUCAACAUCGAAAAAACUGGCAUCGUCAAAUAAAAAUUCAAUAUAUUCAAAAAAUAUUUUAAGAUCAGACGUAUAUAAUCCAUGUGAAGUAAAACUUUUGGAAUUGAAAGAAAAUAAUGUUAAAAAUAAAAAUAUCAAAAAUCAAACAUAUGGCCAAUAUGAUAAUAAUAUAAUCAAUUGUGAUAAUUAUGAAAACAGUGAUGCUGUUAUGUAUCAAAUUGAUUUACCAGAUAAUAAUAAUAGUAAUGAUAAUAAUCGAAAUGAGUAUGCACUUGAAAACGAACCAGUUAUAUCAGAUUACGAUUGUAGUUCAAAAUCAAAUUUUAGUUCUAGAUCGACAAGCAGUCAAGAAUUAUCAUCAGAAUCAAAUAAUAUUGUGAUAUCAGUCGAAUCAUCCAGUGAUAUUGAAAAUAUAAAUAGUAAUAGUAGACGAAAUAGUAAUGAUUUCGACAAACAAAUAAUGCAAAAUCGUUUGAUACACAGAAAUGAUACAAAUAGUGAAAAUUCAUCAUCACGUAAACAAUUUAACAGCAAUAAUAAUUUAUCAGAACCAUGUUUAUUAGGUGAAACUUCAUCAUCUAUUGAAGAUAUUGGAGUUAAUCAAUUCACAGUAAAUUCUGAUGAUUUUUCAAAUACUAAUAAUGAUCCAAAUAAAAAUUAUAAUCAAUAUGAAAAAGAUACUCAACAAUUACAUCAGGAACAUAAUAGUAAUGUUGAAAGAAGUAAAAGCAAAAACUUUAAUAUUUGAAAAAAUAUUAUUAUAAAAAUAUUUUAAGAUUAUUUAUAUUG